AUGUCUGAAACAGCAGCAGAUUCUAAUACUGGUCUUGUUGUUAUUGGACCAGCUUUGCGACCAGAUGAUAUAGCUCCAUCAAGUGGAAUCGGACCUGCAUUACCUACUGAUUUAUUUCGACAAAAGUUAGCUAAAGAAUCAGAAGUAUCCAAGUUACAGGAUGAUUUUGAAGAUAUGGAUACUAUUGGGCCUCUAAUACCUGGACAAGAAUUAAGAGAAGAGUGGCGACAUCUAAAAUCCGGUCACUCAGGAGGUUCCAGUCGACCAGUCAGUGAUAAACCAAAACGUGAUGCAUGGAUGACGGAGCUACUGCCGAUGUCUAAUGAUCUCGGUGCACUGAAACCGCGUAAAUUUCGUCAAGACAUUUCAGGUCACUCUGUACAUCAUGAUGCCUCGUGGUUUGCUGCGCCAUCUGACUCCAGUGAACCGUUAGAAGCAGCGAAAGAACCAAUCGACAAACUGAAUUUUGAAGGAAAUAAAUCUUACGACCAAAGCAUGGCGAAAAUUGCUUCUCAGUAUCAGGGCUCCAGUAAAAAGUCAAGUUUGUUAGAAAUACAUGAGGAAAAAUUGAAGCAAAAGCUUAAGAAACAUAAAGAAAAAUCUAAAAAGCAUAAACAUAAGUCCAAAAAACAUAAGAAAAAACAUGAAAAAUCCCCGUCUCCUGAUUCAAUCAGACGUCCAUUCGAUCGUGAAAAAGAUCUUAAAUUGUUUCGAGUUGACGCCGCAGCUAGAAAAGCGAUUGUUGAGCGUUCUAAACAACUUUCCAGUCGUUUUAGUCAUGGGAAACAACAGUAUUUAUGA